CGAAACUCUGAUCAAUUUAAAUUUCUAUACCAGCCAACGCAUGAUGAAAUACAAAUAUGAAUUUAAAGAACCACUGCUAAGGUAGUAGUAGAAGAGGGUAGAAGGUUCGUAUUUGAUAGACGCCUCCGUCCCCCCCGCUGAGUGAGCAGACAGCACAUGCUGUAAGUAGCAAAUCACGUGAAGAACUAUGUGCGUCCCGUUGCUUAAGCUUAUCAAACGAGGAAGAUUUCAGUCGCGGCACAUAAAGAAUGCUCCACUCGUUUCGUCGCGGUUGUUUGUGUUGCACAAAAGCUUCCGAGAUAUGCUGGCGUUGUUUUCCAUCAUCGUCGUUCUCGUCACCUCUUUGCUACCUGCUCCAGCGGUCGCGCUUGCGCUCGGUUUUGGAAAGGCAGGGCUAGCGGGAACGAGAAGCGCGGAGGCGGAGGCGCAUCAACAGCACCAAGAGUCCGUGACUAAUUUCUACCGAAAUUUCCCUAGUCAUGGUUCAACAAAUGAUGCUCAAUUCAUUCCUAGUACCACUGCGGGGGGACGAGGACCCGAAGCAGCUGCAGCAGUCGCUCCGUAUGACUGCCCAGCGAAUGGGAUUUAUUUUGCGAUCGAACACGACGGCCAGGACGCGAACAAUAGUCCAAAAGCCCGUGGAUCAGCCUCUUCUGCUAGCCCAGGAACCAACAUCAACUCUGUUGGUGCUUACCUCCCACCUCUCCGACUCGCCAAAUCUGCUUUUGUCUACUCGCCCUCCGCGGGCCUGCAACACGGCGAAAGCUGGUCGGAAGAUGCGGAGCAGGCUCGCGUCGCGGCAAAGCUGACACAGAAGCGCGAAGAGCUGACCGAGGUUGGAGAGCGGAUCUGGGAAUUGGUGCGAGCCUUUUCCUCUUCGCCUGCCGCAACACCGAAUCCUCAUGAUGGUGUAGUUGUACCAGCAGUCUCGCCCCCCGCGCAGAAGGAUCCGGUGCGGUUUUUGCGCGACAAGCUGCGCAACUGGAACGCCGUUUCCGCGCAGGAACGCCAUCGGCUUGCGACGUCACUUGCUGGAGUAUUGGACGUCGAAGGGGGCGAGACCGUUUUUGAGUACACGACAAAGCUGCUCGAGACGAAAUUGCUGCUGGUUCGCGAGAUCGCACAAAUGCAAACGGAAGCCACGGAACUAUCAAGAGUUGCGCGAAAAGGUUCCAAAAAUAGAUCGUCGGUCCGACCGCGCCCGCGGAUCCGCGACCUGGGCACGCCAGUUGACCUCGAAGCGGGGUUGGGGGAUGGCGGGGGCGAGGGGAUCAUGGGGCCGACUGAUAACGCGGUAGAAGAUACGAACCUGGGUGGAACAAGGCGAGCAGAUAUCAGCACACUCUUUGAAGUUAUCGAUCCUUCUUCGACCUCUCGAUCGCGUGAAGCGCGAGCUACGCCUGCUACGACAAGUGAUAUGAAUGAGCCACGUCGAGCUGUUUUUUCGAUGCAGGAAUGCCUUGCUGAAGGCAUGAACGCGGCGCCCUUAGGAACAACGGCGAAUGAUCUUCGCGCGCACAAUGCCACAACUCGAGAAAUUUCCGCACUCGUAACACUACCGCACCAACUUCGUUCUUGCGAUUCGGGCAGAAAGCUGCGGUUAGUCGCUUCUCCAGUUUUGUGCGACAACGGUAUCAUCUACGCCGGGGGCGUUCCGCUUUACGCACUGCAGACCGGGCAGCUCUGGAACCGGAGCGGGGCUUUCGCGUUUGACCCCGCGCAGCCCUGGCCAGGUGGGCAAGGGGGCCGUGGUGGCGGGGCCUUCGAGCAAUUUUCUGUGUACCUCGAGGAGAACUACAAAGGGCAUCGGAAAAGAGUCCUGUACAUCGUGCCCUUCGGGACCGCCGCGACGGUGCGAGACACAACUUCACCUCUUGCAGCUGCGUCUCCCGUAAUUACCAACUGCCCGCGCGGAGAGUAUUUGGCACCUGCUGCGCACAAGUCGAAGACGGUGCGCUUCGUCAGCUCCCAUGACUAUGCACUGGGUGAGAAAAUAUUUGCUGCCGGGGACUACCGGGAGCUAACCGAGCUCAAUUUGCAGCGGAGUCUGAGAGACAUGCACUGGGAGCCGCACGUCGACCUCAUGCAGAUGGAAAGAACGCAGCGUCCGCUACAGGCAGUUGAUGUGGAGACAGGACAUCUUCAGCAACACAAACACUCAGCGACCGCCGAGUCCACCGUGACGCACAGCCUUUUUUGUCUCAGCCCCGGACUCAUCGGCAGUUCGUUGGAUCCAAAUUAUGUGCUGCAGCUCUUCGACAAAUCUCACGCAAAGAAGUUUUUUUUCGAACAGGAUGACCGCGUUACCGCAACACGAGCUGGUGAAGAGCUACAACUUGAAUCGUCAUCCUCUGCCCGUCAGAUGAAUUUUCGAGAGAAGUUCGAAGGUGGUGCUACUGCAGCUUCGACAGCAAAAGCCGGUAAAGACCGGCCGUCAGCAUCUCUGAUUCAAGCCGGCAUGCAGCUUAUUGGAGGUUUGAUAGGAACGCCGCGCGAUGGUGUCGAGCAUGGAGGAACGACAGCAAACCAUACCGGGCGGGCUGCCAGUCAUGAAGCAAAAGUUCUUCACAGCACGACUUUCGCUGCAUUUGCUGAGCCUUGGACCACCAGUACAGAGUUCUUCGGGGACCACCAGAGCGGAACAGGGCAGACUCCGACGGUACUAGGCCUGUCAAGUAGUAUCAACUCUUUUGAAGACGAUAUUUCCAAACUUGUCGAGGAGGGAACACCAGCACCCGCAUCUGCCCAGCAGCAUUUGGAGGUACCGCCCGGCGGCGAGGGGGGACGAAGCUUGGUCUUCAGCUCCAUACCAUCAAGCGGGGCCGCUGCUGCUGCAACUUCCAGCGGACUGCAAAGUGAAGUGCCGAGUCUUCAGCUUGCACCGAAUCUGCAGACGUACUCGCCGUCAAAACUUGCGGAAGUUCCAUUCCACAGGCUGAAGUUUGUCUCGACCGCCAUUGACCGCACCGGCCGCGGACACUUCUUUCACUACCUGUCUUGCGGUCAAGAUGUUCUUGCCCCGGAGCUUGCUGCGGCCUCGGCACGUUCCCUCGAAUGGGACGGACGAGCAGAAGACCACGACGGGGCUGUGCGACUGCAGAUUUUGCAGUAUUGUGGCCCUUCUACCGCAGGUGAACAUAUCGAGGAAGACGAAGACCUGGAUGAAAAUAAAUCCGUGAGCGCUGGUAUCGAAAAAAAGAAGGAUUUCGGCACCAGUAGCAGCCUGAUGGACCACCUCGAAAAGGGCUUGCUUCCGCGGAGCGAGUCUACCGAGAAUCUCGGGAUGCAGCAACCACGUCAGGAUUAUACUAGCAUUUCCGCGACGGAACGAGCAAACCCGGCGGGGCUGGGGCACGAACCAUUGCUGCCGCUAGAAAGAAGAAACAAGAAAGGCACGGCUCAACAUUCUCGAACAUCAGAAACUAACCAACAAAACGACGACCCGCUGGUGUUUCACUCUUCCCGGUCCUCCCCGGCCUCUCCUCGCGUGAGCCGAGGACUCGCGCUCGAAGCGCGCGAAGUGCCCCGCGCUCUGAGCGUCGGCGACCUACCCGCGCUGCGGGAUCGCGAGGCCGAGCUUGAAGCUCUGGAACUGGAGCUGGAAGCGAACGCGACCAAGCGGGAGGCACUCGCAGUGUUGGCCAAGCUGAAGAGUGUGGUCGCUGAGCAUCGGUCGCGCGCUCCCACUGAGCACUCCGACGAGUCAGAUACCGACGGGGCGGCCGUGAGUCGAACCAAUUCGGCGGGACAGCGACCGCUGCGGAAAGCGAAAAACCUCAGUCGGGACAAUUUCACUCCCUUUUCGUGGGACCGAACCACCAGUCCGGGCAGCAACAGCGCAACCUCGUCUGGCCUGACGGGACCACCCCCGCGUGCUACCCAGGGCGGUGUCGGGGUAGCACACCAGCCGCCGACGCUAGGGAGCAGCACCGGCCAGAGCAGCGUGCGGGGCUCGAGUUCCGCCGGGUCGACCCCCAGCUCCAACGCCGGCGGGGCAAAUGCUGCGCAAAUGAGCACCACCGGCGGAAUGACAGUAAUUGUUUCGCGAUUCAUGCAGACCGCUGCUACCGUGCACGGCCUGUGCUUGAUCUUGCUGGCGGUCCUGUUCCUUUCGGUCGCGAUGGCGCUACUGUGUGCGUUCGUGCUACAAGACCGCCGGGCGGGGCACAACACGCGAAAUAUCGCGAUCGUCAAGAAAGAACAGAACUACGGCCGCAGCAAACGUCACUCCUCUUCAAGUAGUAGCUCCAGCAGUUCUAGCGGUUCCGAAGAGGAAAGGGCGCGGACCAGGGCAAGUAUACAGCGGAAAUUGCUGAAGGCGGCGGCAGCCAACAGAAGGAACGCAAACACUAGAUCUGGUGCGACGACCGCCGGUGGAGGCGGGCCGUCGACAUUGAACAACAGCAAGAAGCACGGCAGUCACGAGGGACUACAGCACCACGCCGGGAGCAGCACCGGCAAACAGCGCAUGAACAACAACACUUCCACGUCCCACGGGCCGCGAAGUAACCGACCUCUUAGCUCCGGAAACAAGAAGCACGAGCGUUUCUUGUCCUCCUCGAGCAGGAAAAAUAAGAACGCGCUGUUGAUGUCGUCUCCCGUUUUCGCACCCCGUCCUGGCGCCUCCUGGUCGGCCGGGGCGCAACACAACUUCCGCAAGCAGUCGCUAACCUCUGGGCGUGAUUCGCGGGCUUCUCCUUGCACCGACGGCGGCGUCAGUGUCACCAUCGAGGAGGAACGAACAGAGAAACUACUUCAGCCCAGUCUCAGUCAGAGUAGGCAUGUAGAUGUACAACUACCUGCUGUUGAGCAGCAAAUGCGAUCCCUGGGCCGACCGGGGCACCGGGUCUCGCGGAAGGUAGUUCGCGUUUUCGGGGAAAAGCGGAAUUCCAUCGACGGGGCAAACGGCUCUUCUCUGCCGGGUGGAGCGACAACUUCGAGUAUGCGGUCAUCUCCGACCCAGAUCUUGGAGGAGUAG